AUAAGCUAAAUUACUACAAUCAAGGAACCAAGUUAUAUGGUUUUUGAAUAUCAAGUAUUAAUUGCAUUAAUUUCCAAAGAGGUAGUCUAAACUUUGCACAUUAUCUACAACAUAUUUAAGAAUUAAGAUAGCUAGCCAUGUAUUUCCUAUACUCAAGGGAGAGUAUAAGCGUAUACAUAUGCAUAAGUGUGAUCACAUUUCUCUUAGGUAUUCCCAUCUUUGUGAUGGGAAUAUGGCUUACACAUCAACUAAGCACUGAGUGUGAGGUGUUCCUAAAUGCACCCAUCAUCACCCUUGGAACCCUCAUCCUCGUCCUAUGCCUCGCCGGCGUUUGCUGGGCGGCGCGGCUUAAGGGCCUCCAGCUUUGCUGCCAUGGCUAUAUUAUGUUCGUCCUGCUUUCUACUCUCUUAGGCUACACCAUAUUUGCGCUUGUAGUAAGUGCUAAGGGAGGUGGUGAGCCUUUGGGUUGGAGAGCUUAUAAAGAGUAUAGGUUGGAUAAUUACUCUCCUUGGCUUCAAAAGAGGGUUAAUAAUGCUAAGCAUUGGAAUGAUCUUAAGAAUUGUAUUGUUAAGAAUCAAGUUUGCUCAAAGUUCCAACAUAAGUUUGGUGAAGACACUCAGGAUCAAUUCUUCUCUAGGCGCUUGUCUUCCAUCGAGUCUGGUUGUUGCAAACCAUCAAAUGAUUGCAAGUUCAACUACACAAGCCCAACUGAAUGGACAAAACCCAAGGAUGUCAACUACACCAAUACAGACUGCUAUAAGUGGGAAAAUGAUCAAGAUGUGCUUUGCUUCGAUUGCCAAGCAUGCAAGGCAGGUUUAGCUGAUGAUGUCAAAAGGAAUUGGAAUAAAGCAGGAAUUGUCUGCAUUAUCUUUGUCAUUUUACUCAUGCUUUCUUCUUUUCUAGGUUGUAAGGUUAUAGAAAAUCCGGUUUAAUUAUGGCCUAAUUUGAUAAUUCGCGAUUGGUUGUUGGUUGUUUUAUAUGGCUGGUUUGACUAGCUGUUUAUAUUGGUUGUUUAUGUUGGUUGUCUGACUAUUUUUAUUUUAUGAACAUGUUUGGUUAAAUUAUC